CUGUACAUAUUCAGCUUAUCAACCCUUUCCUGCAUAAUGUCAUUUUUCUUUUCAGCGAGAGCCACAAUAUUAUCACAAUAUGGUAUGCUUUGCCUCGUCGUAAACAUCCCAGUUUGUGGCAAUGGGAAGGGAAAAAAAUAGCUUGGCUGGCUGACGAAUUUUGCAUGUAACGACGGGCCGGCAUGGAAAUUAUAUCCUGCCUAUGCUUCGUCUACCUGAUGCUCAUGUCGUUUCACCGACGCGGCUAAUUCUCUUGCAUACUCUCCUACCUACCGUUGACUUGUACCUUCUGCGAUCAUCCCCGCGUAGUCGUACACUUCGGUCAUGUCUCAUUGGCUACCAUGCUCUCCUACCUUUGCUGUUGACAAGCAAUCAUCCCGCCAUCGACCUAUUUUUGGUGCCUACGCCCAUAUAUGUAUGCGCUCAGAACAUGUCGUUACCAGCGCCACUGCCUCCAGUGAAAGACAUUGUCUUAUCCUUAUGCUCCGUUAUGCUGGAGCCAAAUCCUCCUCCAGACUCCACUCGCAUUAGGCAGCGAGGGGUCUUAAAAAUGGCUCGCGGAGCCCUCAAAUAUGGUAUUAAAUUACUACUGGUACCUUUAUUGAGUAAUGAACAGGAUUUGCUUCAAUUGCCUUUCUAUUCGCCUUUGUCUAUUGGUAAUACAUUAGGCUAUGGAGCAGUGCUUUAUUGCAUUGUGGGGUCCGUCACCGACGUGGUGACAGGUUUGGCGCAGGCUAUCAUGAAUAAGGAUCUCAUGGAACUCAUGGAUAACCCGUACUUCGCCUAUAGUCUGAAGGAUUUCUGGAGCCGUCGUUGGAACAGAAUCAUGGCCAAUAUGUUUCAUCGUUCAGUCUUUGCUCCCACUAAACAAGACCAGACUGUAGAGCAAAGACGAUGGAAAAACUCCCUAUCGGCCAUGACGACAUUUGCUGCCUCGGGUGUCUUUCAUGAGAUUCUAGUGUCAUCUUUAUUCAGAGAAACACAUGGAGAACAUAUGGCGUUCUUCUUACUACAAGGUCUUGCCACAGUUGCUGAAGUGCAGUGUUUGGGCAGCCAUUACGCCCCGAAAGGAAUUCAACACGUCUUAUCGACGUCUUCCACCUUUCUCUGGCUAGGUGUAACAGGUCGAUUGUUUUUCUUACCAUUUUGGAGACGAACCUUCUUUUCUUUGUAAAAAGCCGUGUUAAGGCGUCAUACUGAUUCAUCCUCACGUGUGUGAUGAAUUGCUUUUGGCUUGCUCAGCAUGCAUGACUUGAACAAAAUAAUUUAAUGUACUUUAAUGUACCUAAGCUAUCUGCACUAAAAUAGUCCUUAAAGAAAAGAAUCAGCAACGUUUAUUUACCUCUCUGUUUGGGCUUGUUUUGAACACCA